GUUGUUUUCUGUUUUGUUUUGAUGCCAGGUAAUCAAUGUGUCUAGUAAUUCAGUUAUGCUGGGACUGGCGUCAGCUUGUGAUACCCUCUUCUCUCAGACCUUUGGAAGUAAAAACAAACAUCGAGUUGGUAUAAUAGUACAGCGAAGUAUAGUGAUCCUCAGUCUAUGCUGUCUGCCUUGUUGUGCCAUCCUUAUCAAUACUGAACAUAUUAUGAACUACAUCGGACAGGAUCCACGGGUUGCCAGACUUGGAGGAAAGUAUGCCUUAAUAUAUAUAGCCGGUCUACCUGCUGUGGCCUACUCGGAUAUCCUGUCUAAAUAUCUUCAAGCUCAGUGUAUCGUGAUACCAAGUCUGGUGAUAGGUAUAGCCGCUAACUUCCUCAACGUAGGGUUCCACGCGCUGUUUCUAUUUAUGAUGAAACUGGACAUUGUUGGUGCCUCUAUAUCAGUGACCUUGACCCACUGGUCUAUAUUCCUGCUCCAUGUUACCUACAUCAUCAUCACACGUACCUAUGAGGAUACCUGGACAGGUUUCAGCGUGGAAUGUUUCUAUGACUGGUGGCUGUUCCUUACCCUAGCUGUACCAGGCCUCUUCAUGGUGUGUCUGGAGUGGUGGAGUCAUGAGAUCAUUAUGUUCUGUGUUGGCCUGGUAGGUGUAGACCAGCUCGCCAGUCACUCUAUUGCCUACACAAUGGCAAGCAUGGCUUUCAUGUUGCCACUUGGCCUAUCUGUAGCUGCCAGUGUCAGGGUAGGAAAUCACCUUGGAACAGCCAACCCUUGUAAAGCUCUCACAGCCUCUCGAGUAUCCAUACUUAUAGCAGUAAGUGUAGCUGUAGUUUCAGCAGUAACUUUCCUGGCAUUGAAGAAUAUCAUACCUUAUCUGUUCACAAAUGAUGGGACAGUAGUGGCGCUAGCCUCCAGACUGAUGAUGCAGGUUGCCCUGUUUGAGCUGUUUGACCAAGUUCAGGCUGCGUGCAGUGGUGUGAUCCGUGGUAUUGGUCUACAGAAGUUUGGGGCCAUCACUAACUUUAUGUGUUACUACCUGGUAGCGUUGCCUCUCGGUAUCCCACUGUUGCUGGAAACAGCACUUGGUGUAUCGGGUGCUUGGUGGGCGGUCAUACUGAGUGCUGCUAUCCAAUCUGUCGUGUUCAUUGUAAGAAUCCUCUCAACAAACUGGGAGCUGGAGUCAGAAAAGGCACAGAUACGAGCUGGAGUUGUAGAAGGUCUGCCGAAACACUCAUCCAGAGGUCAAAACCUGGGUGCUAUCACACUACAGGAGGAUAACUUGUCCACCGACACACAGGAGCUGAUGGAGGCUGAUCAUCUUACCCUGUCCGACACGUCCAGUCACCGUAGCGACGACAGUGAAACCCAGCAACCACCUGUCUGUACCACCGACCUUGUCAAUGUUCUUCUCACCCGGUUUGCUGUCCUAUUCUCCUUUCUGGUGAUUCUGGCAGGAGCUAUUAUACUCAAGAUCUAUCUUGAUGGAGAAACCAGCUUGCUGAAUUGUGUGGUAAUCAAUGCCACCAAUCUGAACAUGUCCUACAUGCAGACAGAGUUAUUAAGCAACCAUAGUGUGACAUUGACUGACCUUGAGUGGAAGGUGUUGAACAUGACCUACAUGUACGAGAUGGAACAUAAUUGGAACCAAACAUUUGUAUACUGUAGUGGCAUGAUCAAGGACUUCACCAAUGAUGUCUCCUGGCCCAUAUAUAACAACACAAGACUGUUUGGGGGAUUACACCCUCACAUGCCUACCAGGCCUAUAGGCUGAUUAUACCUAGUGAUUGGGACUAAACCCUAACAACCAGGCCUAUGGGCUUAUUGUAUCUAGUGAUUGGGACUAAACCCUAACAACCAGGCCUAUAGCUAGGCUUAUUGUAUCUAGUGAUUGGGACUAAACCCUAACAACCAGGCCUAUAGGCUUAUUGUAUCUAGUGAUUGGGACUAAACCCUAACAACCAGGCCUAUAGGCUUAUUGUACCUGGUGAUGUGGACUACACCUUCACAACCAAGUCUAAAGGCUUAUUGUAUCUAGUUAUUGGGACUAAACCCUCAUAACCAGGCCUAUAGGCUUAUUGUAUCUAGUGAUUGGGACUAAACCCUAACAACCAGGCCUAUAGGCUUAUUGUAUCUGGUGAUGUGGACUACGCCUUCACACCCAGGCCUAUAGGCUUAUUGUAUCUAGUGAUUGGGACUAAACCCUACUAACCAGGCCUAUAGGCUUAUUGUACCUGGUGAUGGGGACAAAACCCUAACAACCAGGCCUAUAGGCUAAUUGUAUCUGGUGAUGUGGACUACACCUUCACACCCAGGACUAUAAAUGUACCUGGGGACUACACCUUCACAACCAGGCCUAUAGGCUAAUUGUAUCUGGUGAUGUGGACUACACCUUCACACCCAGGACUAUAAAUGUACCUGGGGACUACACCUUCACAACCAGGCCUAUAGGCUAAUUGUAUCUGGUGAUGUGGACUACACCUUCACAACCAGGCCUAUAGGCUAAUUGUAUCUGGUGAUGUGGACUACACCUUCACAACCAGGCCUAUAGGCUUAUUGUACCUGUUGAUGGGGACUAUAGGCUGGUUGUAUCUGGUAUGUUAACUAUGUGGACUACACAAUUAGGCCACUUGCUAUAGGCUGGUUGGACCUGGUGGUGGGCAGAAACAGUGCACCUUCAGAAGGUCUAUAACUAUAACUAGGUUGAUCCAGGAAGAUGUAAUGAAGUUAGAGCUUUGAAUAACAUCUACAAAAUCUGGUUUGGUGAAAAAAAUUGUCUGUAUCAGAUUUAAUUAUUUUUUCAAUACCUCAGCUAGAGAUAGAAUUCAAUUCUUCUGGCUAAUAACUAGAUUAUUUAC